AUGCAGAAAGAUGAGUUGAGGUCUGAAGUGCUGGGGAACAACAGCAGUCAGAAAUCUCUCGUCGCAUCGCACGGCAGUCAGCGCGUCUUGAACAAACCUUCUCUUCGGGACCUGACCAAUCGCCUACAUGCUAAUGCACGCGAGGAGCAAGACGGAAAGCAAGAUGCAGCUCCUCAGCUGGCGAAGAAAGGAAACAUGGCGAGGGUUGCGAUGAAGGUGUUUGCGGCAGUGGCGCUGGGAAGGAAGAAGAAGGAUGAUUCGGCUGAAGCGAGCAAAGAAGACAAGGAAGAGUUGAAGCUGCCAAAGUGGGAUUACCUUCUGAACCACCAUCAGUCGAAACUUCGGAAGAAAGUCUCCAAGGCUGUUCACAAGGCAGCAGCGAUCUCCGUGGUGGGCAAGACCAACAUAGCGCCCAACGAGUUCCAGUUGAUGAAGAGCCUCGAGUCUACGAACCUCCAUGACAGGAUCGAGAAGCUUCUCUCCAUCGUUCGCAAGUUCAAGUUCUUCCAGUCUUUCUCGGAGGCGCAGACGCAGGAGCUUGCAAGCGUUGCCGUAUUGACGACUAAGACUGAGGGCGACUUCCUAUUCAGACAAGACGAGGUCCCCGACGCCGUCUACGUCAUGCUCAGCGGAAGAUGCAACCU